AUGAUGGCGCAGUCAAUGGCCGAGAGUUCUUACAUGCAAACUCAGCCAUGGGGAAUGCAACAGGUCGAGCAGGACGACGCGAAACCGAUGAUCACAUCCAGCCCAAGCAUCCACACGUACUCAUCCGGCCAGAACUGGAGUGGGGCAUAUGAUACUUCGUUCGACUGGCCCCAUGCUCUUCAACAGGCAGCAACCUUCAUCGCACCAAAUUCAGAGUCGCACUUCCAACAAAACCACGCUCUGGUAUACAAUGCAACAUUUGCUACACCGAAUGCGAUUGGAAAGGGUUACGGCGAUGAACGAAGAGCUUGUGUGCCUGCCGAACUGAAUGGUUUGCCUCAUGGGCUUAUCGACAGGUCUGUCCUAGGUGCGAGCAUGUUCCCGUCACCGAAGAGUUAUGUCAGCGAUGAAUUCGGGAACACAUACAGUCCAGUUUCUAUGUUAGACCAAUCCUCACCAACCGAGAACUGGAAUGGAUACCCAGUAACGACCAACAACGCUGUUCUUUCGGCACCUUGCAGGCCGUUCCUUGCGCAAAAGACCGAUAGUGAUGUUGGGCUCUCAGGAAUCCCAAGGACGAGCGCAAGCACGGUUAUGACUCCCGUCGUCCCGUCUAAUGGCUCUAGCAGGCAGGACCUAAUACUAAUUGCUCCGCUCGACGACGACCAACAGUCCGGAUCUGGGUACUCGCAUUCACAGAACAGCAGCGCUGGGCACUCUCCCUGGUACCGCGCGAAACAGUCAUAUGACACUUCGAACGCACCCUACAGGUCCCGUAACGUUGCAAUUUAUAGCAAUCCCAGCAGCGAUACGAGCCUAUUACCGACAUCAGGACCUCGUCCCACCCAGCACUGCUUAACGCCUUGGAACGGCUCGCGCCCGAGCGCCCAUACUCAGGAUCGUAUACAGGACAAGUUUCAGGUACCGCGCAGUGCUGGUGCACAAGCCCAGAGAGAGCACAACGACCAAGUGCUCAUUGAGGGCAAAAGGAGAGGAGAGACGUACAAGGAAAUCAAGCUCAAGAUGGUGGGCGAGAAGCCUGCGGAGUCCACUCUGAGAGGUCGCUAUCGGUCGCUGACAAAGGCGAGGAAGGAUCGGGUCCGAAAGCCCGUCUGGACUAAAGUUGACUUGGAGCUUUUGGAUGACGCUGUCCAGCGAGAGUUCGAUCGGAUCGAGAGCAGCCUACAGAAUCCGUACUCGUUAAGCUUCGACCAGAAGAUCCUGAAAGUUGCAUGGAAGAAGGUCGCAGAGUUUAUCGCCGACAGUGGUGGCUCUUAUCAUUUCGGCAACGCGACUUGCAAGAGGCGAUGGCUAGAGCGCCAUCCGGAUCAGAAGUGA